AUGCCGGGACUAUACCCCCUUCCGGGAAUGACUGUUCCAUCUGUCUACGUCAAAACCCCAUUGAGCCCCCUGGCACUUCGAUUUGCCAGAUUACCACCAGAAAUCAUCACUGCCCGCCAAGCAGUUCGAAAUGCUCGCCAGCAGGAUGUAAAGCACCAACGCAAGCUUGUGGCUCGAAACAUUAUAAACCACUACCGACCUCGAAGCCGAAAGCCAAGACUUCAUAGGUGCAUGAAGGAAAUGAUCUUCCAGAAGGAUUUCUGGUGCUGGAUUAACAAGGACAAGAUCGAUGGUCAGUACACUUCUAUCAAAAUUCCAAAAUACGAGCCUCCAUCAGCACCUCUCUAUCCGAACUUCGGCCGAGGCUUUCCACCGACCGAUUACCCUGCAUCAUUCUGGGCCUUGGUCGAGGAAAUGAAGAUCCUUGAGGACGCCUUGACCGAAAAUAUCAACCACAUUGAAGUCUGCCGGGAUCAAUUUGCUCAUCUGGAAGUCCCACCCUCUCUUGUGGAUGAUAUUCAGGCCGGUCACAAGGAAAUGCUCAAUUUGAUCCAGGGCUAUCUCUGCGGUGAGAAGGAUGGCUCAAUUGCUUACCCUGACAUUCAAGUUCCUUCUUUCACUCUGUGGAGUCUCUUGGAGGUGAUCAUCACAGACCACAGGUCGAUGCUCAGCAGUAUCAAGGAGGUCCAGCAAUCGUGUGCCGCCCGCGACAAUGCCUUGCAGAGGUUGUCGGUACAAUUUCCUUUCCCGGAGAAUGCCCGUCUGCGUCAACAUUUCGAGGUCUUGUCUAACAAGAAGCAUGAUGAAGCCAGCGAGCAGGCCCGCAAGUUGUUCAGAACCCAUACGAUUUGCAAGCGGCAGUUUAUGACGUUGCAUAAUUAUUUCGUUAAUAACAUGAGUUACGUUCCUGCAGCUGGUGCAUUAUUUGAGGAGGAGAAGACACCUCUUCUUCUGGAUUCGAUCUUUCAUGGGUUUGCGAUGAACCUGGCUGUCGAGCUACGGGCUCAUGUGUGGAAGUUCUCGGACACGGAUUAG